GCAUGAGCCGGCAAAGACAAAGGCAUCCGUCAAUGGGCUACCAAGACAUCUUGUCUAUUUGCGAUACCUGCCGUCGGCCGCUCCCUCAUUCAUGUGGGCUUAGACAACUGGGUGUCAAUUCUUAUCGAUGCCUCGAUUCAGUCCUUGUUCCCUGCAUCCCAUUGGUCUUGCUGGUCUUGCCAUGCUUAAUCAACAGUCCCAAACUUCACGACCGUAAAAGCUGGCUACAGUGUUGCUACUGCUCUGCUGGUGCUUCCUUGAUAUAGCUUAGAGCUCUGAGUUGAAAGCGUGUCUGUCAUCAUUUUGGAUCCGAUUCUUUCUAGCGUCCUUUACAGGAUAUUGAAUUGUCAAAUUCAUAUACGCAGGCUUUGCCCGUGUCUUUCUCCUGUCCUGUAUGAUAGAAAGUCUUGGUGGAAUACCAGAUCUUGUAGAGGUGUCCCAGUUACCAUUCCGUUGAUGCAUGCACAUCCUGGCAGUGGGCAUGUUUCGUUCUGACAACUAAGCCCAGUUCGAGGCAACGUGGAAUGCCCAUUGAUGGGAUAUACCACGACAAAGCAUGCGUUGCACUUGGCUUUGCGUAAAGAUGUACAGACAACAGGCUAUCUGUCAUACAGGCUCUUUAUGGUUCACCUUUAUUAUCUAUCAACUCCAAUUCCAAAAGCAAGAGUGGGCGAUAGUGUUGGUUUAUCCUAGCCCGACUUACGAUAGGCUUUUGCUUGGAAGUGGACAUAGAGUUGUCUCAUUCCUGCGAUCUAAAGAACGGCUCAAAGGCCUCGCCGAUAAGGGCCAGAAAUUCACUUGACUUGCCGUUUCCGAGACGGUGGUUGGUCAGAACCGUGCUGAUACCGUGCUUGAGGGGGUGAAGACACUGUCCACGGUGUUAUGAUCUGUGCCCACAAUAUCCUGCCCCAGACUUGGCUCCUCUGACAGAUUUUCACCCUAAAAUUAUCUACACUUGAUCUUGGACUCUUCCCUUGGCUCUCAUCUUACUACCAUCAUCGUUAGGUCGUUGGAUUCCUGCUUGGCUUCUGAAGUUAGGGAUACAACAUACAUUCUACACCACAACAAACAAAUCGGCUGUUUGCUGACCUUAAAUCGCUUUACACUGCAACAUCAAAGCAGAACCUGCACACACAGACAUCGAUAGAGAGCCACGCAAGAGAAAUAUCUGGAGACAGACUCCUGGAACCAGACACCAAAGACGUACACCGAGGGACAUACCCCUGGACAGACACCAGGACCUUGACGCCUAGCCCCCUAUCAGCUUAUCAUCGACGACCAAGCAAUAUCAACAGCCGACUAAUCAGCAUCAAUAGCCAGUAUCAGGACCGCACUACCGCGCUGAGAAGUCCCAUCUGAGGUUCUCGCACACAAACCCAAAGUAAGCCGGGUUAGCAGCUGCUGUUCUGCCACCCAUCCCCGUCUGCAGACACCCUAUAUUUAGGCUGAGCUUUGCGACUUUGGAAUCUUGCGGAAUUUUCUCCUACACUACUUGGGGCCCUGCGAACUUUCCUGUUCCCUCUGCCUUUUUUUUUUUUUUCACCCACCACAAUUCUCGAAAUAUCGAUGCGCUCCCACCACAGACUGCUUUUCCGCCUCCAGAGAAAGACCAAAGCCAUGGAUAUGGCUUAUAUGAACUCCGACUCCGAGUCGGAAGCCGGCGGUCACCCCGGCUUCAGCCACUCCCACGGCGGCGGUGCGCCGCUCUACCCCCCCUCCCCCUCCCCCCAACCCACCAAGCCCUCGCCCAUCGGCUCAGAGAUGGCCAAGAAGAAGGCAGCGGAGAAGAAGCUCGCCGAAAAGGUUGAGCAUGCCGAGAAGAACGGCAACCCAACCCCCGCCACCAAGGUGUUAACGACACCUUCGUCGACCUUGGCCGGGGGUUCCUCCAGUCGUGAAUCCUUGGUCUACAAUGGCAGACCCAAGAAGAGCGUCGCCACCACUGAUGCUCCCAUCGUCGAUCAGUUCGAUCGACUUUCUUUGGCUCCGCCCCAACAGGUCGUCAAGACCACGAGCCAGAUCUUCCGCGGGGCUGCUGCCAAGGUGUCGAAGAAUUUCGAGGAUGACGAGAUCCAUCAUGAUCACAAGGAAAUGCGAAAGCAGUGUCGUUUGGUCUUGCGCCGCAUAUGGGGACUUCGUGAAGGCCUGCACAUGUUGCAAGAUACUGCGGGUAUCUCUGACGAGUUUUUGAAGCAAUUAGACUACGACAUCCAGGGCCUCAUCAACUCCGUUUCUCAGAUGAUGGAUGAGGGUGACAAGGUCGGCUUGGAGCUUCUUCGACUUAUUGCCCUUGCUGAGUCGUGUGGAGAUGAAGGCCGCAAGACUCAAGAGGACCUUCAGCGGUUCAAGAAAGAGCACGAGAGCAUCGUCGAGGAGUACAAGUUCGCCAAGGAAGAGCUAAAGCAAGUCUUGACCGACAACAGGUUGGAAGUCCAGAUGGCCCAGCAGAGGGUCAAGGAGCUGGAGGAGGAGCGCCUUACUCUUGACCAGGUUGUUGCGACCUACAAGAGUAAGAAUGCCAGAGACUCGGAGAUGAUCCAGUUUCUCCGCGAGAAGCUCGAAAAGCUAGACAUGGAGAACGGUUACCUGCGUGAGCAGGUUGAAGGCAAACGCAAUCUCUGGAUGCAGGUUCACACCGACGAAAAGGAGCGCGAUGCUGCCCGAAACAUCAUCAAGCAGUCGUCGAUGCUUGGAAUGGGCCAGUCUCGCCCAUUGUCACACCAUGUCUCCCAAGUGAGCCUCCGUCCGGGCCCCCGGCAUGGUCCGCAUCAUGAUCAAGGCCUCCGAUCUUUCCAGUCCUACAGCCAACUGCCGUCUGGCUUGUCUCCCAAGGACUCGCAGCUGAUUCGGACUCCGCAUGGCGGGACCUCCACGAUAUCUAACGGACCCCAGUCUUUGCAGAACUCUCAUCUCAAGCAGAUUACAUCUGGCAGCACAGCUUCUGCAAACAGAAUCCUGAACAAUAAGGCCACUACUGCCGAUAACUGGCGUCGCUCCACUCCGCGGGCUUCAGUCAUCAGGGCCGAUUUAUCUGGCAGUCCGUCUGAACGCAAUCCUGCUUCACCGUAUGCUACCUUCUCGGACCUGGAGAGUCCUGCCGCGUUCAAGCAGACUGAUGAAACGACAUGGGCCAGAGAAUUUGAGGAUUUCUAUAGCCUGAUGCUUGGAUUCUGCAACUCGCACUUCAAGCGUCUUCAGGUCAAUCCCCAGAUUGUUCACGCCAGCAUCCAGACGAAGAUACCGAGCUUGUACAACUACAUGUGCACGGUCAUCAACCCCGGGAGGCCAGAGGAAGGCCAAGGCUAUGCCUUGUCUCUCUUGUGCGAGACCACUACGCGCCCCUACUACCUACUUCGCCUCAUGCUGCAGCACAUUGUCAACCUGAUCUUCACCACCGACGGCUGGACUGGAUUCAGCAAGGCUGUUGAUGAAGAGAUGGAGAGCCUUGGUCAAGUCUUGGAGUGCAGCAAGAAGCUCUCAGAGCGCGAUGCGGCCAGCAAACGUUUGGCCGAGCUUGUCGCCGAAAUUGAGGCAAACAAGCAAGGACCAAACUUCAAGAAUCGCAAAGUCAUCGAGCACAACCAGAUUCUGAGGAAGAUGAUCGCGCCUUUCAUCAAGCUGGCCAAGGCCAACCAAGAGGCCAUCUUGCACGACUUAUUUACCGUCACGCAGGCCGCCUGGGAGUUGUCGUCUAAGCUGCUCAAGGCGAAGCGCACGUUCCACUACGUCUUCAACGACACGGGUGCCAAAUAUUCAGACGACGUCCAUAUGGCGGUUGAGACUCUUCUGAAGCCGGGGGAUAUGGCUCUCCGAAACUACAGGGUCAAGCUCUCGAUCACGCCCAUCGUCACGAUGCGCAGCGAUGAGAAUCUUACCAUCCGGGCCUCGCAGAUUGUGAAGGCCAAAGUUUUGGUCAUGCCCUAGGUUGAUCUCAUCACUAUUGUUUCCACCAUGUGUAUCUAUCACUUUUGGUUCCAGCAGUUCAUGCGCCAUUUCGUUCAAUCUUUGCACUGGCAGCGCUUGAUCACAGACCAUCAACCUCUGAUUUCCCUUUUAUUUUCGGCAUCCCUUCAGCAUCUCAGGUGGCUUUUUUUCGAGAGCCCAAGGUCUGCCUUGCUCCCCUUGGGCAAUACCCUUUGGUAUUGUCCUUUGCAUUGGCAAACUCCAAAACGCCCUGUCCGUUUGGACGAGGCACCAAAAAAAACUCACCGCCCAACAAGUGUGGAAAAAGAUGCUUUUCCGCCGACAACAUACUCGCAACAUUUUUAUCCACAAGUUUUCCUUUUUCUCAGCAUGCAUACCAGCAAGUUCUUGUUCAAGAAGAGGGUUCGAGGCUCAGCCACAGCAUUCCUCACUCAACAACCAGAACCUGCAACUCCUGUGCAACAUUUUUUCCCUUGCACCUUGCAAAUUCGCAAGAGAAGGCGAUUUCACUGGCGACCAAUUUCGAUUCCACAAGAUGGAGAGAAAGGAUCACUACACAUUAUUCAUCCACACAU